GACUCUGGGGUUGUGGCACUCAUCUCGCUCUAUAGGCCGAGGGAGCCGGCGUACAGCUUCCGGGUCAUGUGGCCAGCAUGACUAAGCCGCUUCUGGCGAACCAGAGCAGCGCACGAAAACACCAUUUACCUUCCCGCCGGAGCGGUACCUAUUUAUCUACUUGCACUUCAACGUGCUUUCAAACUGGUGGGUUGGCAGAAGCAGGGACCGAGGAACGGGAGCUCACCCCGUCACGGGGAUUAGAACCGCCGACCUUCUGAUCGGCAAGCCCUAGGCUCUGUGGUUUAACCCACAGCGCCACCCGUGUCCCUCCUGUGCAUAAAGGUACCAACCCCUUUUUUGCAUCUCGAGCAAAUGUCAGAGCUUUUCUUGUGCAUCUUGGCCAGUUUGGCCGGGGUCAGAUACUAUUAGUACAGCGUUUUCAUUAGGUUUUCUCUCAAAUUAUAACAUGUGGUGAAGCUUAUGUCUUCUCUCCACGCUGCAUACAGUUCCAUGAGGAGGCUUCUCUGCCCCCCAGGCGGCCGACCCUCUCACAUCUUUCCAGGGGGCUGCCCUGAGGCAACCACCUCGCCUCGCUUUCCCCCGAUAACUUAGCUCAUAAAUACAGGCUUGUUUGAGCACUUAUGUCCGCUUACGCAAAAUACGACCAUUUAUGAGAAAUGCAAAACCGAUAAGCAAAGGUUUCGUUUUGCAGCGCUUGGCCUUGCCAAAAAGUCCACUGAGUAAACAGUUAGGAUUGCAUCGGAUGGAGUAGUAUCAAGGGCAGGCUAUAAAACCACCUGAGGAGGGAGGUGGCGAGAAACACUGAUGUGAAGUUUCUGCCUGGAGGCUGCUGUCAACUUCAGAGACACGGAAACUUGAAGACUUGUGAGGUCCGAUUAGCCAGCAGGAUUCAUGCCACACCACAGUCAUGGGAAGGACUGACCUCUGAGCGAACAUUUUAUUCUGGCUAAAGUCACCCCUCUGCACCGCCGAAGCCACCAACUUUUGCACCAUUGUGCUGGCAACACCAAACCGAUGGCAAGGUUGUACCUGCAUGAAAAGUUCACGGAGAACAUGCCUCUACGAAUCCUUUCACAAACACGGAAGAAAGUGAACGUGACUCUGGAUCCCAGCACAGCUCAUGCCAACCUCAUCCUCUCCCAAGACCUGAAGAGAGUAAGAUGGGGAUGUAGGACCCAGGACCUGCCUGACAACCCUUCGCGAUUCGACUGGGAGCCCUUUGUGCUGGGCCAAGAGAGGCUCGCUUCGGGAAGACACUGGUGGGAGGUGGAAAUAGAAGAGGCGACGCCGCAGGCCCUGCGGACUUCGCGAGAACCGUCCGUCAGGAGGAAAGGAGAGUCUCGUCCAAUUGAAAGGCAAUGGGAGUUGAAAGAAAACAUGGAGAUCUGGGCAGUGGGAGCUGCCAGAGAGUCCGUCGUGAGGAAAGGAAAGGUCAGUUUCAAUCCCAACGGGGGAAUCUGGGCUCUGGGCAAGGCCCUGCCAGACUCACUGAGGACGCCAUUGUCUCCUUAUCGGCUCACGGCGUUUACAUCCUCCGAGAGGACCCUCUUGAGCUUGAGAUACGAGCCCAGGAAGAUCCGGGUGUACCUGGACUACGAAGGAGGUCGCGUGGAUUUCUUUGACGCCGAUACGGAUGACUUGAUAUUCAGUUUCCCUGCAGCCUCGUUCUCCGGGGAGAGGAUCUGUCCCUUUUUCGGGGUGUAUUGGGGAGUCAGGCUGAGCUGCUGAAAUCUCAAAUUCCCCAGCAAAACCCAAUGGCCGAGUGGCAAAUUCUGAACUGCGAAUGCUCUGUGACCAGCCGCACGUCAGGCAUAAAAGGGAAAUGGAUUUUUGACCGAUGCAGAUGUCAAGAGCAAGACAGCUUUCCUCCAUCACUCCUCUUCCUUGCUUUGCUUAAAACCUAAGUUCUGGUGGACUCAAAACCUUUUAUGAUUUUACUGUCUG